AGCGUCUCCGGACAUAGCGCACUGCUGCAAAGACGUUGAGGGUGGUCUCACCAUUCCCUGUAUUAUUACAGAAGACUCCACGAUUUGAUCUCCAUUCCCUAGUUUUAUCUCUUCCUUCCUCACUCUCUUAUCUUAGCCUUUUGCUUUCUCCGAGACAUUGGCUUCGGUAAGUGGUUCAGUUUUUUGGAAGCAUUCUCCUCAUUUUCUCCCCAUUAUCUCCUAAUCCUUUCUGUCUUCCAACUUCUCUCUGAGAAUCUGUGGUUUUCUAGGCACUUGCCUCUCGGAGUCGCGGUACACGAACUUCCUUCUUAAUUCCUGAGCCUUCUCAUUAUUCUUUUCUUCUCUUUUUCAGUUUUCCAUUUCAUCUGUGCCGCUAGUUCAAAUGCCAAAGGUUUUUGGAUCUAGGAUUCCAAUCACAUGCUAACUUCUCUUUGCAUUUUACCCGACCAUAUAUGUGCUCCUCCCUCAUCGUCUCGCAUUCGGUGUUUUGCAUCGACUGAAAGACUGGUUUGCCGGGCAACGCAUGGGACAUGUAAAUAACACAGUACCUCCUUUUGAGUCGAGAUAGAUAAUAUAUUUAUCUUCAUUGGUAAUAAUGUUACCUUGUCUGAGAACACUUCAUUUACUUUCUCGUUGUCAGCGCUUAUUACUUCCUUUAAGACUUCUUUCCCGGCAAAUUUGAAAAUUUCCCCCGUCGGUAUUCCAUAAUUGUUCUUUAUGUUAAUACGAACAAUGCAACUGGGUACUUAAUAACUGUCCAUUAUCAAUUAGUGAUUCACGGCUUCAAUGGUAUAUCCACUGUACUUAUAUAGAUGUGUCAUAAAUCUCUCUAAACUUUCCAAUUUCUUCUUUCUUAUUUUUUUUUUCACCAACUUAAAUUGCAGUGUUAGCCCAAUCAUUAUGCCUUUCAAAGAUUUUGUUCGUGAGCUCAGGGAUAUUCGAGAUGGCAUGGGAAAUAUUUCUACAAGAGGGGUAGAAGCAAAUCGCAUCCCUUGCCGUGGAAGAUCUCUUAUUGCUCCUGAAUUCUCCUCACCAGUUUCGUUAGUGACUCAGCAGAGCCCCUGGGCUAACUUACCAUCUGAGUUGUUAUUAGACAUAAUUCAGAGGGUGGAAGCAAGCGAAACUUCAUGGCCUGGCCGGCGUGCGGUUGUAGCUUGUGCCUCAGUUUGUAGGUCAUGGAGGAAAAUAACAGAGGAGGUGGUAAAGACGCCAGAGCAGUGUGGUUGGCUUACCUUCCCCAUAUCGCUGAAGCAGCCUGGUCCAAGAGAGACUCCCGUCCAGUGUUUUAUAAAGAGAGAAAGGGUGACUUCGAAAUAUCUUUUAUAUCUUGGUUUAAGUCCAGCUCUCUCUGGGGAUAUGAGUAAACUGCUACUGGCAGCAAAGAAGAUUAGACGGACAACGUGUACAGAGUUUAUAAUAUCAUUGGUUGCAGAUGAUUUUUCAAAAGCAAGCAAUACGUACGUUGGAAGGCUGAGGUCUAAUUUUCUAGGUACCAAGUUCACGAUCUUGGAUAGUCAACUCCCGCUUGAUUCUUCCCUUCCGUUGACUAGUAAAUUGCGGCAAAGAAUCCGUUCGAAGCAGGUUCUUCAAAGGGCUGCUCUGGCGAAGCAUAAUGUGGCCACGAUAUCAUAUGAGCUCAAUGUUCUCCGCACAAGAGGUCCAAGGAGAAUGCGGUGUACCAUGCACUCAAUUCCAGUGUCUGCCAUCCAAGAAGGGGGCACUGCUCCUACUCCUUUGAAAUUUACUAGAUUCCCUCAUGAGCAUCCAUCUUCCACGCCCAUUUCGAAAGAAAGAAAGCCAGGAGUUGAGUAUGGCUCCAAUAGCGAAGAUAAGCCCCCAGAAUCGAGCCACAUCACAAGGGAGCCACUGAUUUUGAAAAAUAAAGCUCCUAGGUGGCAUGAACAACUGCAGUGUUGGUGCUUGAAUUUCAAGGGACGUGUUACGGUGGCCUCAGUAAAGAACUUCCAGCUCGUAACUGCUGCAGAACCUCAACAAAAUGUUUCAGCGGCAGAACAGGAUAGGGUGAUGCUGCAAUUUGGCAAAAUUGGAAAGGACAUAUUCACCAUGGAUUACCGUUAUCCACUCUCUGCAUUUCAAGCCUUCGCAAUCUGCUUGAGCAGUUUCGACACCAAACCUGCUUGCGAGUGAUCAUAUCGCCCUGUUUCAUGAUGGGAUAACGUUGUGCCACUCUUCCAUUUCCAUACAUGUACAUAUAUUCUUCAAACGAUAAACCGAAAAGAAAAAGUUGGGAUGUGACUCUUACGCCAAUGAACGCCUUCACCUGUAGUUGCCAAGUUUGUUUGACCUUGAUGUCAGACUUGGUGUUUAAUUGGCAAGUUUACCACGUUAUUAAUUUCUCCAUGCAUAUUGUAGCUAAUCUUGCAUGAAAAAGAAUAUUCUUCCUGGUCAUGUAUUUUGCAAAGUGCCACGUUAUAUUUCCUUUCCGCCGGC